AUGCGCCCCGUCGCUCGUAGGGCCUCGUCACCUUCCCGUCGCGUCCCCUCCCCGUCGCCUCCCCGUCGCGUUCCCCUCCCCGUCGCGUCCCCGCCCCGUCGCCUUCCCGUCGCAUCCCCUCUCCGUCGCCUCCCCUCCCCGUCGCAUUCCCGUCACCUCCCCGUCACGUCCCCUCCCCAUCGCCUUUCGUCACCUCCCUGUCACAUCCCCUCCCCGUCACCUCCCCGUCGCCUCCCUUUCCCCUCCCCGUCGCGUCCCCUUCCCAUCGUCUCCCCGUCGCGUCCCCUCCCCGUCGCCACCCAUUCCCCUCCCUGUCGCCACCCCUUCCCCUCCCCGUCGCGUACCCCUCCCCGUCGCCUCCCUUCGCCUCCCUAUCCCCUCCCCCCCACUGCUGCACCCGCAGCAGUGGAAGGUAGGAGAAGGGAGGGGGGGGGAGGGGGGAUGGUGCUGCAGAUCCCCUCCCCCCCACUGCCGCUCCACAUUCCUUCACCCCCCAAGGAUGGAGGAGAAAGGGGGGGCGGGGGGGGGCUGGUACAGGGCCGGGCGCUGGGCAGGUACGGGGCCGGGCGCUGGGCAGGUACGGGGCCGGGUGCUGGGCAGGUACGGGGCCGGGCACUGGGCAGGUACAGAGCCGGGCGCUGGGCAGGUACGGGGCCGGGCGCUGGGCAGGUACGGGGCCGGGCGCUGGGCAGGUACGGGGCCGGGUGCAGGGCAGGUACGGGGCCGGGUGCUGGGCAGGUACGGGACCGGGCGCUGGGCAGGUACGGGGCCGGGCGCUGGGCAGGUACGGGGCCGAGCGCUGGGCAGGUACGGGGCCGGGCGCUGGGCAGGUACGGGGCCGGGCGCUGGGCAGGUACGGGGCCGGGCGCUGGGCAGGUACGGGGCCGGGCGCUGGGCAGGUACGGGGCCGGGCGCUGGGCAGGUACGGGGCCGGGCGCUGGGCAGGUACGGGGCUGGGCGCUGGGCAGGUACGGGGCCGGGCGCUGGGCAGGUACGGGGCCGGGCGCGGGCUAG